AUGCACUUUUCAGGAUUCAAAAGUGUUGUCCUCUCCUGCGUCGAGGAGUACUUUGACACCACAGCGGUCGCUAUUGUGCAAUAUCUCAUGGAGGUGGCUUUCGGCACGCUCAAUGACCUUGUUACCGCCGUUAGAUUGCCGCCUGACAUCAUCAAGACAUCCAUGAUGGCCCUCUUGAGGCACAAUAUCGCUUUUUUUGUGGAACUUCCGGUUAUUCGCAAUGGACAUGAGUUGAGCAGAAAGCACAUGGUCUAUGGUGUUUUUUCUGAGCAAGCAAUGGUGCGAAUGUUCUGCCCCAUUGUUCUGCCCCGGGUUUCUGACCUUGAUGGUCUGGGGGAUCAGCUACUAGCCGCCCUCACUCUGGGUGGCUCCAUGACAGCACCAGAGAUCUUGGAGGUUCUUCGCACCAUGGGCGUAGACGUAGGGCUUCCACGUCUGUUGGAAACCUUAUCCACUCUCUUAUCUCGCGGAGUCGUUCAACGCAGUUCAGAACUCAGAGAACGCUGUCAGAAUCUUCUUACCUCGGUUUACUAUGCACAUCACCAUCAGAGUCACAACGUCAAAGGUCCCGAGUCCACAGAGCCCCCACGGAAGCAUUCCCAUGGCUUGCACAGUCUGGAGUCUGAUAAUGUAUCUGAUAGUGGAGAGUCAUACUGCGUGAGCGUUGAGCAGCUUAUCGCGCUCUUUCAGGAAGAGGAGCUGGCAGACUACGUCUGUACUGUCUAUGACAGAGAUAUGGGCACUGUUUUUCGUGCAGCCCUUUUCAUCUCCAACUCCUUUCAGGCUCUAGGAUUUUGUCCAUUUUCUCCAGCAGAUGUGCGACCCAGUACGCGCUCUUUUAACUUGGAGCAACUGCACGACGCAUUGAUGAAUGCACAAUACAGUCUAAAUGCUACAGGAAGCAACUUCACGCUUUCCUUUUGUGCGUCAGUGCUCAAGCUGUACGUUUCAGAACCUAAAGCCAUGAUGCACAUGACCAGUGAUGGGCAAUACAUUGUAGACAUAGAUGCAGCAAUAGAGCGCAUGCAGAUGGCAGUGCUUCUACGCAUCGUUGCGGAGCGCCAUGGCCCCAUGGCCCGUCGCAUGUUCAACAUCAUACGAGCAAGAGGGAUGAUGGAGGCGUCAGUUGUGGCUGCCGAGGGGAUGAUUCCACGGUCUCAGGCCGUCUCGCUCCUCACAACACUAUGCACAGAGGGGUACCUGCAGAUAACCAUGCUGUCCACCAGUGCAGAACCAAAGGUUGAAACGAGCUACUUCCUGUAUAGCACUAACCCCAAUUUCUCCUCCGUGGCUGCCAACGCAGCCUUUACUUGUCUCUAUAACAUGAGGAGCAAAUUGAAACAAAUUGAAGAACUCCAAUUUACCCUAUUAGCCAGCAAUCAGGUGCAGCGGAUAAACGAUCAGAUUGAUCUCAUAGAGCCUAUAUACAUUAAGUUGGUAGAAACAGCUAUGCUCCUCUUUUAG